GGCGCUCCGCGAGCCCGUCUCUCCUCGAAUGAAAGGAAACAACCUCCGGCGACAGAGCUCCGCUCUUAGGCGCUGCCGGAGAACCGAGACCGACUUCUUUCUCUUUUCCCUUAUUGGCGCUUCUCUCUUGCCUUCCGCCUCUGGGCCCCGCUGGUUUCGGGUCUUCAGUGUCUAGGAAGGCAGAUUCUCAAAAUUAGGCAUUUCUUAAGGCUUAAAGUGGCAUUCUAAAGGCAGUUUAAAAAUCAUGUCAAGCUCAGUUGAACAGAAAAAAGGGCCUACAAGACAGCGCAAAUGUGGCUUUUGUAAGUCAAAUAGAGACAAGGAAUGUGGACAGUUACUAAUAUCUGAAAACCAGAAGGUGGCAGCACACCAUAAGUGCAUGCUUUUUUCAUCUGCUUUGGUAUCAUCACACUCUGAUAAUGAAAGUCUUGGUGGAUUUUCUAUUGAAGAUGUCCAAAAGGAAAUUAAAAGAGGCACAAAGCUGAUGUGUUCUUUGUGCCAUUGUCCUGGAGCAACAAUUGGUUGUGACGUGAAAACUUGUCACAGGACAUACCACUACCACUGUGCGUUGCAUGAUAAAGCUCAAAUACGAGAGAAGCCUUCACAAGGAAUUUACAUGGUUUAUUGCCGGAAACACAAGAAAACUGCACAUAAUUCUGAAGCUGAUUUAGAGGAAAGUUUCAAUGAACAUGAACUGGAGCCCUCAUCACCUAAAAAUAAAAAGAAAAGUCGCAAAGGAAGGCCCAGAAAAACUAAUUUUAAAGGACUGUCUGAAGAUACCAGGUCCACAUCCUCCCAUGGAACAGACGAAAUGGAAAGUAGUUCCUAUAGAGAUAGGUCUCCACACCGAAGCAGCCCUAGUGACACCAGGCCUAAAUGUGGAUUUUGUCAUGUUGGGGAGGAAGAAAAUGAGGCAAGAGGAAAACUGCAUAUAUUUAAUGCCAAAAAGGCAGCUGCGCAUUACAAGUGCAUGUUAUUUUCUUCUGGCACAGUCCAGCUCACAACAACAUCAAGAGCAGAAUUUGGAGACUUUGAUAUUAAAACCGUACUUCAGGAGAUUAAGCGAGGAAAAAGAAUGAAGUGUACCCUUUGCAGUCAGCCCGGGGCUACUAUUGGAUGUGAAAUAAAAGCCUGUGUUAAGACUUACCAUUACCACUGUGGAGUCCAAGACAAAGCUAAAUACAUUGAAAAUAUGUCACGAGGAAUUUACAAACUUUAUUGUAAAAAUCAUAGUGGAAAUGAUGAAAGAGAUGAAGAAGACGAGGAACGAGAGAGUAAAAGCCGGGGAAAAAUAGAAAUUGAUCAGCAACAGCUAACUCAGCAGCAACUGAAUGGAAACUAGGAAAAAUGGAAGGUGCUGGGGUAAUCAUGGCCAGUCAAUAAUUAUGUAAAGGACUUCAAAUACUAUAGCUGUCAGUGAUGGAUUUGUUAUGUAGUAAAAUGUAUGACUUUGUAUGGAUUUCUUCAGCCCUUUUUCUGCCACUACCAACCAGAAUAGCACUUUACCUUUUGGUUGGCUAGAUAAGUGGCUGACUACCUGUUUUUCUCUCACUGUGGUGUGAUUGGCUAAACAAUCUUUCAUUAAAAACUGAAAUGUAAAUUGAAGUCACAUGAAUAAUCAUGUUUGGUUGUAAACCUCCAACAUUUUGAUUCUCUAACCAUGUUUUCAUCACAUGCUGAGUAAAAGUGCCUUACAAUGUAAAAAUUGUACAGUACUUAAGUUCCCAAGUAGCAUCAUCAUCAUCUGGGUAGUAAUUACAUUGUGGUAUUAAUAUUUAGAAAAAUGGACCUCAGCAGUGUAUUUACUGUACAUCUCUUAAGUCCUUAACUGUAGUUUAAUAAGCAUGACAUUAUUUGAUAAGUAUAUAACAUUUACAUCAUUUCAAAAAAUACUGCCAUAACUGUCUUUUAUGCAUAUUUUAGCCUGAAAGUUUUGAAAUAUCUUUUUUCUUUUUUUCUUGUUUUUUUUUUUUGUUAUUGAUAUUAAACAGUGUAAUCUUUGCAAGCAUAUAUUGAAGAUUAUUCUGGAGCAUUUUAUUGCCUUACCAGAAAUGUUAGUAUGAAAUGUUCUUUAGAAUAGAAAGAUAGACUUGAGUUUCUAUACUUUAAUAAAAACUCUGUUCCUGGUGGGGGGAGGGGGAUGAAUUUUACUAUCAUCUCAGUCUAUUAAAAACCCACAACUGAAAUAAAUUUUAUUUUAAGGAUCAACAAUUUUAGAAUUUCAGAUAGUACUUGCUCAGAAGUACAUGCUACUCAAGAUAUUAAGAAAUCUGUAGAUCUGCUAUUGAAUCAGAAACUAUGUACUUGAACAAAUGUGUGACUCUCAAAUAUCUUAAAGCAAAAGCAAAAGUGUUCUAGAGUGUUGUUGCUUUUUUAAAAAGCACUAAAGUUAGACCAAGGUAUACAGUUCUUUUCUGACAGACAUUUAGGUUAAUUGUAAAGAUAAGGAAUGCGUUAUGGGUCAAAAAUCAAACAUUCCUCUCAUGUAUAUUUUGUUCCUGUUAUAUUGGCUUUAUUUUUGGAAUUGUAGUUUGUAGUAUUAGUUUCCUUUUAUUGGUAUUCUUGCAUAUACUAUUCAUUCAAUAAAUGAGUUAUGACUUUCAU